UUUUAGUUUUACUUUUAAGAGUAUUUAGUAAUUACAAUAUGCGAAUAAAAAAGAUAAAAUAUCAAUCUACCCCUUUCAAUAUUGUGUGCCGACAAUAUUACCCCAAACCAAGUUAUUUAGUUUUGUUCAUGGAAGGUAAGUGCGAAAUUCCAGAGUGAGUGAAAAUGUGAGGCGAUCCACGGCGAAACAUUUACCGGGUUUAGUUUAGUUUUUAUUUAUUUAUUUAUUUAAUUUAAUGAUAAAAGAACAUGGGGUGCUUAAUAACCUUUGAAAACAAUGAACAAUUGUAUAAACUCCUUGAAAGAUUACUAUUUUGAUAGAUUGCUAAAAUUCAGAGGAUACAGAAAGGAGGCUCAAAGCAGAAGGAAAGCAAACCAUGACUGCAGAGAGUCCCAGCUUCCAAGCAGCAAGAUCUGUAAAUGCUAUUAUUAAUCAUAGAAAAUUGUAACAGUAGAGAGCUUCUCCUCUCCUCUCUGAUGAUGAUGAUGAUGACGACGACGACGACGACGAUGGAUGGACCACCACAGCAGCAAGGUGUCGUCAACCGAUGAAAAUCCAUUUAAUUAAGCCACAAAAGACUCGAAACUUUUCCAGAGUUUUCUGUCACCACUCUAUUAACCAAUUGGUCGAGAGUUGAGACUUGAGGGUCGAGACUCGAGACCACCACGCCCCCCUCCCUCCCUUGUGGUCCACUUCAAUUGGGACCCACAUUGCACACACAAAACGGUCACCAACAAGACUCUGGCACGUGUCACUCCCUCGUUCUUCACAAAGCUUUCAUGAUCCUAUCCUAACCGCUUGAUAGCCUCUCCAUCCCCACCACCAAAAUCUUUUGCCAUUUUUUCCCUGAAGCUAUAAACAACAAGAUCGUGAUAAUAAGAGCCACAAAUGGAAAUACAAUUCUAGGGUUUGAUCCCUUCCCCUUUUGUACCCCCCAACUUUUCCACAAGUAAAUCUCUCUCUGUUUGUCGACUGAUAUUUAUUUAUAGUUCCUCCUUCAACCUCUUCUCCAAAACCCCAUCUUUUCCGUUCAUUUUCCCUAGAAACAAACAAACAAACACUCUAAAUUAUCAUCUGGGUUUCUACUUCUUUUUUCCCCUACUGGACCCUCAAAAAAUGGCAUCAUUUCAAGAGCAUGGAAUGGACCCAGAUGAUGAAGGUGGCACUUCUGAUCUUAGCACGAGCGCUGGUGACCCAGAAGACAAUAGGAACAGCAGUAGCAUCAGCAGUAAUGGGUGCUUAAAGAUAUCAACAAUUGAUGAAACAGAAGCGUUUCAAGUCAUGCCGUUAAAGGAGGAGCCAUUUGACUCCGACCCGUCUUCUGACCCGGACCAAAGAACCAACCCAAUGGGUGUAGUACCGCUAGCUAUGCAGAUGCAGACGCCAAUGCCAAUUUCAAUGCCUCUGCCAGUCACUACAACAGCGACAACCAGACGCGCAUCCACCAAAGACCGCCACACAAAAGUGGAGGGCCGUGGCCGUAGGAUCCGAAUACCCGCUACUUGUGCUGCCCGGAUCUUCCAAUUGACCCGAGAAUUAGGCCAUAAAUCAGACGGUGAAACCGUUAGAUGGCUGCUUGAACAUGCUGAAGAAGCUAUUAUUGAAGCAACCGGCACCGGCACGGUACCUGCUAUCGCGGUCUCCGUUGGUGGGACUCUCAAAAUCCCUACAACAACCUCAAACAAUAGUAAUUCAUUAACUGAAACGCCGAAGAAACGGAAGCGCCCUUCGAAUUCUGAGUUCUGCGAUAUUAGUGAAGCAGCACCCGUUUCGACUUCUCAGACAUCUGGUUUAGCCCCAGUAAAGCCCUCAGCACCACUUGCUGCGGCCGCGACACCACAAGGAAUGGUACCUGUUUUUGCUGUGGGAAAUACUGGCAUGAUGGUGCCAGCGAAUGCUUUUUGGAUGAUUCCACAAGCUGCGGCUACGGUUGCUCCUGCUAAUCAACAAAUAUGGGCCUUAUCGCCUUCGCUAACCCCUGUCUUUAACGUUGCAGCCGCGAGGCCCAUAUCAUCAUUUGUGGCAUCAACAAACAGUGGGAAUGAAACAGGAGUAAGUAUAGCAGCAGCAGCAGCAAGUGUGGUAAAUAUACCUAGCGAGGUUGAAUUUAGGUCACCUUCACCGGUGGUUGCUAGCACAUCGGUUGGGGCUAAAGUGGCGAAGAAAUCGACCAUGGCGCCGAGUGUGAGUUCUAAUAGUGGUAGUGGCAAGGGAGGGAAGGCUCAAAUGUUAAGGGAUUUUUCUUUAGAAAUAUAUGAUAAGCAAGAGUUGCAGUUAAUGGGGCGUCCUGGGAAUAAUCAACCACGCUGAUCAAAAUCGUAGGAAUUUAGUGUUGAUGUAAGCGCUAACAGAUGGAAUUUAACUACCAAGUUGUCACUUGCAAAUAAUUUCCAGUUCAAGGGUUUCGUUUAUUUGCAAUUUGUGUUUUUUAUUUUCUUUAGAAUUUGUUGCUUUUGUACUUUAUUUAUAUAUACAGAAGCCAUGAACAGUAGUGUGGUUCUUGACUUGUCAAUCUUCGUAAUAUGUCGAGCGAUUAUCAGAAAUAACACUUGGCAUUUGAGAAA